AUGAUGGCUCAAGGCACUGCGGGGCUCCUGCGGAGGGGCCUGAACAUCAGCAAAACAUUCUUCAUUCCUCUCUGUGGGGCGACCCAGCAGCACCACACACCAGCUCCACAUGGGUUAGGAAGAGGCUUCAGCUCCACACACAAGCUCCAGGAUGCCCCUGGGGAGUCCAGCUCUGCAGAGCAGGUGACGGUGCACUUCAUAAAUCGGGAUGGAGAGCGACUGACGGCCACAGCCACAGAAGGGGAGAGUUUGCUGGAAGUGGUAGUUAAUCAAAACUUGGCCAUUGAUGGGUUUGGCGCGUGUGAAGGGACAUUAGCCUGCUCCACCUGUCACCUCAUCUUUGAGAAGGACACCUUCCAAAAGCUGGAUGCCAUCUCAGAUGAAGAGCUGGACAUGCUGGACUUGGCGUAUGGACUCACUGAGACGUCUCGCCUUGGCUGCCAGGUGUGUGUUAAGAAGUCAAUGGAUGGUCUGACAGUGCGUGUCCCCAUGGAUGUGUCAGACAUCAGGAACCAGAUGGAGGUUGGAAAGCAAAGCAAACAGUAACUGGAACUGACUCCUGUAUGAAUCCUGUCCUCAUUUUAGUGUGGCUCUUGGUUAACACUGUUGCUUUCUGUGGCUGGCUGCAGUAGACUGUUGAGGUCUUGGUCAGUAUAAAGCCUGUUCAGCAAAUCUCUUAUUUAAACCAAACUUAAUGUUAAGGUCUUUAGCAAGUGAAAGUUAAAGCUAAGAGCCUAAGUGCUCUGCUGAAUGCGUCUGGACUGAAGUGUAUGGCUUCACGUUUUGGCAGGUGACAGUAAACAUCUAAGCUGUAUGUGACUCACCUCUCCUUUGAAAUUUAAGGAAUUCUGCUAUUCUAGGUAACUGCUGGGAAAUUUGCAAGGUUUGGUUCUUUAACUGUAGAGCAGAAUAUUUUUUUUUCCCAAUUUGGGAAGCUUGAGGAGAGAGAGCUGUUCCAAAUGCAAGACAGUGUGCUGGUUGGCUUGGUGAUCCAGGCUGUCUGGUUAGCAAGAACAUACUGAUAAUCAUUUGAGUGCUGACAUUUGCUAUCAGAGGGAGCCACUUUCUAUGAAU